AUGUAUGUGGCCUCAGAGGCGCUUGCGUGGUUUGACCCCGCUCUACUAACAACAGAGCACCUCGAACAUGGUAGUGAAGACCAUCAGGGCGUAACAAACAUCAUCACGGCGUUUACACACAAACGUUUUAAGGCUCAAACGCUCUCCGAUUGCGCAUUAAACAGUAAUCAUACUCAUACCACUUUUAAAGAGUUUUAUAGUGGAAAGCCCAAAAACAGUAAAACAGGAGCAUUCAUACAAUCACCUGAGAUUGGAUGUCGUACGGAACGGCUAUCGUGUCCAAUCGAUGUGAAUAAGGAGCCGUUUGCUCAUGUUGUGAGCGCUGGUGGGACCUACGCGGUCGUAACAGAGUGCAUUCCGCAGUACUUGUAUAUUUUUGAUGAGAAAAAUGAUAUUGUUAUUAGUCGAUUGCGGCUUUCUACAGAUAAAACCGUUUCUGGAGAAUUGCAAACUGGUGAAGAAGAAGAAGAAAAAGAAGAAGAAGUUUUUAUUGAUGAACACGAUCUUGUUUCUGCGAUUUAUCUUGAUCCACGUGGGAAUUUCUGUAUUGUACGGUGGCGUUCAGGAAAAGCGGUAUACUAUUACAUACCACGUCGUCACCAUGAUAAAUACUCUACAGAUGAUAUGAUGAUGAUGAUGUCUCAUUUGAAGGAGGAAAGAAUAAAGGAAGAGAAAACAAAGAAGAGACAUGAUAUUAAAGGAUUAGAAGAAGAAGAAGAAAAAGAUGAACAUACAAGAGAUAUGAAACCACGAAAAUUUCCCUUAUAUUUUCGUCCAAGCGUUAUUGGAGGAAAACAACCUUUUCUUUUGGAAUGUGUAGCUUGGGAUCUUCAUAAUAAGAGUGAUGUCACCACAGGGGAUAUUAUCUUUGGUUCUAGUAAUGGUGGAAUUCUUCUUAUCUGCCGACUUGAAAAACACGGUAUCAUGGCUUCCCGAAGAUUAUAUCAAUUUCCACCUCCAUAUAGAAAUCAUCCAAUUGAUAGUAUUGCAUAUACGAUGAUCUCUCACUCUCAUGAUGCUCAACAACGUCAUGUAGUAUUGAUUGCUCAAAAGAAUCGUCUGUUUGUAUUUGCAACUCCAUGGAGUCAAAGAGGGAGUGAUAUAGAAACCGCUUUUGAUCCAGAAAGGAUAAGAUAUCAUGAUAUGACACCCUUUUAUUAUUCAUCAUCUUCAUCUUCAUCAUCUUAUUCAAAGAAGUAUACUACUACAGGGAACUCAAUGGUUGGUAGUUUGUUUAAUUAUAUUAGUGUUCAUGGGGAAGUGACAAGUCCUACAUCAUGUUCACAGGGUUGUUGUCAUCGAAUGUGUUCGAGUACGGUUUCUCAUCAGGUGGAUGGGACAGGAAUGCGUACUGGUGUGGAUAUCUCAUCUUUACGUCUAUUUUCUCAAGUCGUCAUUGUUGAACCCCAUGAGUUAAUGCCGAAUAAAAAAAGUACUCCAAUAACGACAAAUACAGUGGGAAUGACAGAAACUGAAAAGGAGUGUACAAAUAAAGAUAAAAUAGAAUCUGCGCCUACAUUUGGUGGGGAUGAACUUCCACCAGUAUUCUACUGGCAGUAUGGAAAUACUUUAACACAUGGUAUUAUUAUGUUAACGGAUGAGUCAAAUGUAGUUGAGAUGGAGGAACGAUAUAAAAACCCCACUAAUAUUAAUACUACUACUACUAAUAAUAAUAAUACCAGUACUACAAUGAGAAAUUAUACCAACGCACAAUAUUCAGCAAUACCGCAAACACCAUUACGCUCGCCUUUGUGUAAUGAACAGAAAUCAAUACCUUUAAAACAAAAUCCACAGAGGCAUCUUCUACCAAUAGGAAUACUUAGCGUUGUGAAUCUUUUUCAAUGUCUACAAUCUUUUUUAGUACAAUUACAAGAACCUGGUACACGUCAUCGUUCAUCUAUGUUUUCACCUCCUCCUAUAUUUUCCGAAAAAAAUAUUAAUUCACAUGUUUCUCAAUUUGAUGGCAUUAAUUUAACGGGUAUUGAGAGACCAUAUUCACCUAAUUAUCGAAUAAAUACUGGACAUGAGCAACUCCGAUCGACUGGUUUAAGUAUGACCUCAACAACAGGUACUGAAGCCUCUGGAAUAUCUAGGGAUGAACAAGGUAACAAAGAGGAAAUAAAUAUGGAGAAGUUUGUCUCAUUUUCAGCUGGAUACGGUCAUUUUAUAUUAACAACUACACAAGCAGUUUAUGGAUUUUGUCAUCUCGCAGCCUUACCAUUCCCACAAAAGGCAUAUGAGUGGAAGAAUCGUCUUGUUUUUAAUCAAAACUUUCGUUCAGGAAAACUGAAGAACACUACGAUAAGUGGUGGUAGUGGUAGUGAUAGUGGAGAUGAGAUGAUGAUUGCCUUUUCUUCACAUGAUACUGGACGUUCUCAGUUAUUUCAUCUCUUUACAAAGUCAAAUAUUUUACUAUUGCGAUUCCGACAAGGUCGUCGACGUUGUUUACAAUAUGUGGUUCAGCUUUUAGAUGCGGUGUGUCCAAUACCGGAGACUAUAUUAAAAGGCAAUGCCUCCGAUACCACUGAAGAAGGAUACCGUGAAAAGUCAGAGGAUCAGAGAUCUAAUCCCUCACCACUUACCACUAUGGUAGGAGGAAUUGGAGGAACAGUAGGUGUAGAGACACAUCCUGUAAACUCACCUACCUAUACGUUAUGGAAGAGUCCUUUAUCGUUUUCAUCUGAAGAUCCAUUUACACCUUCAAGUAGUCGUCUGGGUUGGAAACCUCUAGAAGCUUCUACUCCUUUAAGUGAUGCUCCUAUCUUACUCUUACCCGCAUCUCUACAAGCGCAACAGGGAUACAAUGGGAAUAAUACGAUGGCUUCUGAAGAGUUGAUGAAAUUACAUGGAUCAAAAGCCGCAGUUCUUCCACGCGAUGGAGUGUUGAGUGGACACUUGGAUAGUGGAUUUUCUCAUAUCACACACUAUGAUACUGAUAAUUUAUAUAUGAUGGCUUUGCGUUUUGCUGCAGUUUCUCCCUCUUUAGAAGAGCGACGAGAACUAUUACCCAAAGUUCGACAUAUAUAUGCAGAUUACCUUUUUCGUCAGAAUCGUUUUCUUGAAUCUGCGGCACAACAUGGAUUAGCGUAUGAAGGUCCACCUUAUUUUAAUACCUUAUUAGUAAAGUUUUCAAAGGUGGCGGUGGAUGAUAUGGAACCACUUAUUUUAUUACUAUACCUUAGACUUUGUGGGUAUGAACAACACAGACGGGGUGUGGGAUCACACAGUGUAGAGGUUUGUUGUCUCGCAACAUGGCUUAUCUCACUCUUACUUGAGCGGUGUAAUCAACUCGAAAAAGUAGAAGAAGAAGAGAAAGAAAAAAAAGAUAAAAGUGUUAUUGUUAUUCCUACUGGUAUUCCUACUACUACUACUACUACUUCUAUUACUAGUACUAGUACUACUUCUGGUACUAUUAUAUCACUACAAAAUACUGAAGAAAACAGUAGUUUACGAGUACGUUCACUUAAAAUGAUGGCGUAUCUUCGUCGAAAGUAUAAUCUACGUCAUCCACAGUACUUGAUGGAACAAAUUCUCUUUCGGUACCGUACAUUUUUAGAGUGGAAGGGUAUUCGUACAGCUAUUUUACGUAUUGCAAAGUUGGAACUCUCUAUUGCGCUUUGUAGUCGACUAGGUCGUAAUGAAGAAGUUCUUUUACGGCUUUUUCUGCAACAGCAAAGACCAUUAGAAGGUCUUGUACAACUUGAGCAACUUACUGCUCGUACUGUACUGAGAGGAGGAGGAGGAGUUGAAAUAUCAACAGUAACCGCAACUAAUACACUAGGAAAUUUAAUGGAAAGUGAAACACGUUGCUCAGUUUCUUUAUUAAAGAGUUAUUGGAUGCGUUAUGCAUCUUUUCUUAUGCGUCUUUAUCCUUGUCGUUUUGUUCGUCAUGGACUCAUUCCCUUUGGGGCUGAGUUGAGUCUUGGUCCUAUGGAACUCAUUCCGGCGUUAUUACUAUAUAAUGCCAAACACAAUGAAACGGUUCUUGAGGCCGAUGCGGCUGCAGAAGUUGUACUUCAGCGACACACGAUUGAGGAAUCUUUAUUAGAAGAAGAACGAUCACGGGCAUCUUAUCAUGCCGCACGACUUUACUUGGAGCACGCUAUUUAUACAGAAGGCCAUAGGAGUGAAUCUAUGUUGCAAUUACUUUUAUACUUUACUGCACGAGAUGGGGAUGAUGCUGCUAUCUCUCAUUUCUUUCGUGAAUUGUGUGAGAGUAAUGAAACCCAUCGACUAGAGGUUUCUUACGCCUAUCGAAUUUGUUCUCGGUUUCAACGCCCUAUUGGAUGUGCAUGGGUGUCAUUUAUAAUGGGACGACACCGAGAGGCUUUACAAAUGGCGAUUCUUUUACAAAACGAGGAACUUGCAAUACACUUUAUUCAAAGUAUGAAAGGUGAGGAUGUGGAUGGAAUUCGCCAUGAGUUGUGGAAAGAACUUGCUCAAACGGUUUCUAACAGACACGGUGGGUCCAGACGUGCUUUACAGUUAGUGGCUGCUAGUGAUGGAGAUUUAAAUGUUAGUGAUGUACUUCCAUAUCUAUGUGGAGAUGUGAUGAUACGAGAGUUUCGAGAGGAAUUAUUAGCACGAGUUUCAAGUUUUGGUAAAACAUUAGAAGGUCUCAAACAAAACAUUCAAGCCUCUGUAAAGGAUAUGGAGUUAUUGCAAUCUGAUAAGGAGGCUAUUCAACAACGUCCAAUAACGAUGCCUUCAUCACAGCGUUGUAUUGCAUGUGGACAAGCCGCAUUAACACGUCCAUUUGUAGUGUUUAAAGGAUGUCGUCACGUUUAUCACAAAACAUGUUUUGACGCCCGCCGUGCAAGCAUGGAGGAACACUUACAACAACAACAACAAGAACAAGUACAGAAAGAUCAACAUUUGGAUGAAUCAUUUAUUUCAUUAAAAUCAAAUAAGAAGGGGAAUGAUAUAUCGACACCAGGCGUUGAGGGAGACUUGGAAUGUGUAUUAUGCAGUACAAGGUAUUUGCGGUUGCUUUUGACAAAUCCAUUAUCGAAAAAUCUUACGGGAUCCCUACCUAGAUUGCCAUAG